AUGUCUGAAGUCAAGAAGAUUUGGCACCGUACCUGCGUCGUCUGCAAGAAUGUCCAGCAGGUCGAGUACAUCCACAUGGGCAAAACCCAGGGCGAUGAGCCCAAGAAGAACGAAGCCAAGACUGUAGUCCACACUGACUGCCCGGACGAAUCCCUCAAGGAUGCCAUCGCAAAUUACCGAUGUCGAGCGUGUCGUUCUGCAAUGACCAUCGAGAGUCAGAAGCUUCAAAACACGAUUAUGAAACUUCUAGGACGUAAGCAGAAUAACAGAUAA